AUGAAGGCUAAGAAGUUGUAUAUUGAUCCAAAUCAAGGUAAAAAAUCUACAAUUUGCCGUAGUCUAAAAACAUUCCUAUUUUCGUUUUCCAUCACAAUUUUGCAGCCGACGUCCGAGAGCAUGCUCGUUUCAUCAAUCUUUUCGUCACUUGCAUGUUAAUCUUCUUUAUUGCAAUGUACACAUCCAUCGGAUACAUCGUCAAAGAAGUUUCGGAGAUGACGGAUUACCUCGAGAAAGACAUGGUUGUCAUCUCGGUAAGUUGAUUGUAAAACACGUAAUCUUACGGUAUGUAGAGUUCAAUGAAUCAUCUCACCGACCAGAUGAAUGACUUGGCGUUCGGAGUCAAAGGGCAUACGAGAACUCGACGAGCUGUUUACAAGUCGUUGAAGGAGGCGCACGAGAAUUAUUACAAGAAAAAGAAUAAAAAAAACAAAGCGAAAGGUAAUCACUCGUCCCAGAAUUGCAGAUGUCAUUUUUAAAUAACGUAAAUAACCUACUUUCUAAUCAGAUUCAAGCGUAUUAUUGUUUCUAUUAAUUACUAAAAAUGCUAACUCGAAAGUCCAUUUCAGCACAUGCCGCUCCAAUCCAACAUUCUCUUCCGAUUUACGCUCCACCAACCGGAGUUGCAGUACAUUGCGGUAAAUUUUAAAGGCCCAAGUUGAAGACUUCUCAAGCUAAUGUACAAGUUUGAUAAAGCCCUUUUCAGAAUGCGCGGCCAAUUCCAAGAACCGUUGCCCUCCAGGGCCGCCAGGGUUAGCCGGAGAGCCCGGAUACAACGGAAUUCCUGGCAAACCGGGAAUCCCAGGGGUUGAUGGACAAGAUGCUCACGACAGACAUGAUUCGCCUCCUCAAGGUUGUUAUAAUUGUCCUGCCGGACCGCAAGGAGCUCCGGGACCGGAUGGAAGGCCAGGUAAGACAUGCGUUUGAUAAUUUUUUUAUAAAAGCUUGGGAAGACUCUCGGCUGGGCUAAAAAUCAUCAAACAACUUUUUAAAUGACAUUAGAUCCUCAGGUCUCUCUGGAUUCGUCUUUUUCCUAUCUUGUGGGCCUCUUGAUGGGCUUGUUACAGUAUAAACAUUACCUCUAAGUCCCUCAAAGAGACUUCUGUUAUCAAAAAUCACACUCUUCAGCCCAUUUUUUCAGGCCGUCGCGGACCUCGAGGACCCCGUGGAGUCCCUGGAAUGCCCGGCUCUCCUGGUGAGCAAGGACACCCCGGAGAGCCUGGAGAAAUGGGAGAGCCGGGCAAGGAUGGAGAGCGCGGCGUCAAAGGGCUUGACGGAGAGAACGCGAUGAGAUUGAUUCCUCUGAAAGGAAGACGGGUAAUUUUAAUCAUUUUAGGACCAAUUUUAGGCUUCUUUUAGAAAAAUACUAAAAUCUAUAGACGAACGAUUAUAACUCCAAGUUUUAGGGUCUUCCUGGGCCAGCUGGCGAACAGGGCCAACCCGGAGAUCAAGGGAAAACAGGGCCAAUUGGAGCUCCCGGCGUUAAAGGAGCCCCAGGAAUGGCUGGAAAUAACGGUGCGCCCGGAGAAGAUGGAGCUCAAGGACCUCCCGGACAGCCAGGACAUCCAGGAGCUGAUGCAGCUGUAAGUUUUUUUUGAUUACUCCGUUUCCACACAUCAUCUUUAGAAUACGUUAUGUUUGCAUCGGUGUUGGCAUGGUUUGUUAAUACCAUUUUUUUCAGUACUGCCCCUGCCCCGAAAAGAGCCGCUCGGUGUUCCAGCGAAGACUGGUUUGA